AUUUUUCUAUUUCUGUUGUACUUUGGGCAUUCAAACAUAAGAAAGAGAGGCUGUUGAAAAAGCAACACAGAGAAGCUCUCCUCCCAGGCAGCUUUGUGACUCCAGAUGGAGCUUCCUCAGGCCGCUUCCUUUGUGAUGGAAAGCCUGUCAUGUAUACUUUGGUUUAUCCUAUUUCUACUAUAUUAAGUUUAAUAAUUUUCUACUUUGAUGUUCUAAUAAAUAAUGAAGAAUAUGUAUAUAGAAUGGUUUCCACCUACAUGUUUUUCCUUCCUAGAGCCAUGAAACAUGUUGGAAGAGUAUGAUUUUGUGCUUCUCUAAUGGUGCUGAAUAUCAUUGAAUUCAAGAAUGUGUUUAUAAAGAGAUCUGGUAGUUGACAUGUUCUACGAGUGUUUACAGAUUAGUUGAACUUGCUUCUCUAGGUAUACUGUGGAUCACAUGGAAAAGCUCUUUUUGCUUGUGUUUUUUUAUUUUUCUUUGAAAGGUAGCUUGCAGUAUUUUUAAAAUGUUAUUUUUCUUACUAAGCUAAGCACCGAGGAUUUUAUAAUGGAAUGACAGAGGGCUGAAAAUGAUUUUAGGAGCUUUCAUAUGUUUACUUCUGUCUAAAUUUGAGGUAGGUACUUCUGCUCAGGAUUUUGUGGGUGGUGGAUAUUAGUGUUAUUGAUCUCUGAUUAGUUUAUUUUGAUUUUUUUUUAAUCUUAUUAUUUGGUUUCUAAAUUUCUGCUAAUCCUGAUUAGUUCUGUUAUCGUCUUUGUAUAUUUCAUUGAUUUGAUGUACAUAGCUAAAUUAUCUAAACAGGGCUUAACUAAAUAUUUAACCUGAAAAAGUCUAUUCCUGUGAAUGUUUUGACAUAUAAAAAAUGUCCGAAUCCUAAAAGGUGGAGAUUGGUUAUUAAUGAUUGUUUGAAUUGUUGUUUCUUUAGGUUUUCUCUUAAUGAUUUCUGGCCAAACUCAAAUUAGUAGUAGUUUCAUGUUAAACAAAUUUUCAGAUGACUAAGAUCACACGAUCAAUGAAGCUAUCAAAAUAACCAAACAUUUAUACAAUCUCUUUUUUUUUUCAUUUAUGUUCUGCAUCUUGUUUAUUUCUUGAUGAAGCUUCUCCACCGAUUUCUAAUGCUUCAGUCUUAUGUGAUAUGUUUUAGGAAAAGACAAUGCUCAGCUGUGAAUGUCGUCAGGAGAUCAGUCAUUGGGAGGCCUGAUGUCUCAACCAAUGGUAAAUUGAAUGGCUGUUGGCAAAUGGAUCUGGUUAACAAUGAUACAAGGUGCCCAAAAUCAAAUUACUAUGAAGAAAUUAAUAUCAAACAUCAGGAUGAACCUCUUGACCACAGCAAUAGGUGGAGGAGAAGGCCUCAGAAAUAUUCGGAAAAAGGAUUUUGUGGAUACUGUUUCUGAUAUUGAUGCAGGCUUCAACAGUGAUGAUGACAUUGUAGGAGAAGCAGUAUAUGAUGAGGAAUAUCUGAGAAGUCAAAAGCAGCAAAAGGUGUCAAGUUGGCCAGAGGGGGAUGAGGAGUUCCGUUGGAAGGAAGAAAAUGUAGAGGAUGAUGAGAUAGAGGAGGAACAUUCCUCGAGCACUAGUGAGAUUUGGAGGAUCAACGCUAUUACGAAAGGUUUCCUGGUCGAACUAGGCAGGAAACAAAAAAAUUGAGAUCAGUUGAUGAGCUCUAGACAGCCGUAAGAUGCAGCAACAGAGCUGCGUGACCAUGUAUAGAUUGCCUGCAGUAUGAGCUAUCAGAUACAGAUACAGAUUCCGCAAAGUCUAAUGAGUCAGAUGCAACAGACAAAUUCUGGUGCAUCUGAUAAUUUAGAACUCUCGACAGCAAGUUAAGUUUCUCAGGAAGAAGAAGACAGUAAAGAAAUAACGUAUAACAAAAUGAGUCCCAUAUUGACCAACCACACUGAGGCUGCAGAUAAAGAUCGGCAACCAGCUGUGCAUAAGACGGACAGCAUCGGGGAGGAAGCAGAUAAGCCCCAAAGAAUAAGAUUCGUAGACCUGAAUGAGCUCGCCCCAGUAACGAGUUCUGAUGAUGGCCUGAGCAUUAGGGUCUAAGACCAGGAAGAUUUUUAGGCAGGUCUGUUGAAGAGAACAGAGGCGCGAUGCCAAGUUAGAUCUGAGAGGAUGUUUACCCAUGUACCGAUUUUAAUCAAGAAGAUGGUCCUUACCGUGACCAUCUAAAUUCUACAUGUACUUCGGCAGAAUUCAAGAUAUGUUAGAUGAGAUCAGUUCAAACAUGGCGGUUUGAUCAUAAUCGCACGUCACUCGCGCCUACGUCAUCCAAGAUGGACGCGCGUGAGACCGCCAGCGAAGGGUGAGUUCAGAGGCUGCGUCUUCCUUGCUUUCUGCUCUCUUGCAACAAAUGCAUGCGCUGACGGAGACAGCGUUCGGCCUUUCGCCCCCGGCUUUCGGCCCGGGCCGUGGAUACACCUGGCAUUGUGGUGGUCCCGCUUCCAAUGUGUGGGAAGAAUUCAUGUGAAUCCUGUGCGAGGCCGGCAUCUCAUCCGCUCCCGAUGCCUGCGUUUUCUUCGUCGAACCGACACAAGUGGAAGACGAGGAGUCUUCGAAUCACUCCGAUCUUUAUGAAGGGCUGCCGGUGAUCCGAGUAGCCACUGCGUUCUCCCACCAUGGCGAGAAUGAGCGAUCGGUUGGCGAGCUUGGGCUCGCUCGCGGCCAGCCUCAUGGUGGUCUAUGCCAUCAUCCGCCGCUACCUCCCCCUCCACCUCCUCGAGCACUCCCUCACCAGCACACCUUCUCGCCUCUUUGCCUCCGUCUACCCCUACGUCCGGAUCACCAUCUCCGAGUUCUCCGGCGACCGCCUGAAGCGCAGCGAGGCUUACACCUCCGUCGAGGCCUACCUCAGUGGCUCCUGCUCGCAGCGCGCCAACAAGCUCAAGGCCGAGCUCGGCGCCGGCUGCGACAGCCUCACCCUCAGCAUGGACGAGCACGAGGAGGUCACCGACGACUUCGAGGGCGCCAAGCUCUGGUGGACCUCCGUGGCGCGCACUCCCCGCUCGCAGACCGUAUCCUUUUUCCCGGAGGCCGAGGCGCGGCGGCACUACCGGUUGACCUUCCACCGCCGGCACCGGGAGCUCGUCAUCGGAUCGUACCUCGCCCACGUCUUGCGAGAGGGGCGCGAGGUCAGGCGCCGCCGCCGGCAGCGCAAGCUCUACACCAACAUUUCCGGCAGUAGGUCGUACGAGUACAGGAAGACGAUGUGGAGCCACGUCGUGUUCGAUCACCCGUCGACCUUCGACACACUCGCCAUGGAUCCCGGCAAGAAGGAGGACAUCAUGGACGACCUCAUCGCCUUCCGCAACGGCAAGGACUACUACGCCAGAAUCGGCAAGGCGUGGAAGCGGGGUUACCUCCUCCACGGCCCCCCCGGCACCGGCAAGUCCUCCGCUAUCGCCGCCAUCGCCAACUUCCUGGACUACGACAUCUACGACCUCGAGCUGACCUCCGUCAAGGACAACACCCAGUUGAGGAAGCUGUUCAUCGAGACCACCAGCAAGUCCAUCAUCGUCCUCGAGGACGUCGACUGCUCGCUGGACCUGACGGGUAAGCGGAAGCCCAAGAGGAAGAAAGAGGGCGAAAGCGGAGACAAGGCCAAGCCGCCGUUGCUGCCGGAGAAGGAGGACAAGGAGGAGAGCAAGGUGACGCUCUCCGGGCUUCUCAACUUCAUCGACGGCCUGUGGUCGGCCUGUGGCGGCGAGAGGCUCAUAAUAUUCACCACAAACCACCUGGAGAAGCUGGAUCCGGCGCUGAUACGGCGGGGGAGGAUGGACAAGCACAUCGAGAUGUUGCACUGUGGAUUCGAGGCGUUCAAGGUGCUGGCGAAGAACUACGUGGGCGUCGACGCGCACCCGCUAUUCGAGGCCGUCCGGCGGCUGCUGGAGGAGGUCAAGAUGACGCCGGCGGACGUGGCAGAGAACCUGAUGCCCAAGUCUGCGGAGGAGGACGACGCCUCGUGUCUCGGGAGGUUGGUUCGAGCGCUGGAAAUGGGCCGACCGGGAGCAGCGGCCAAAGUCGAGGACGGCAGUAGCGGGGAUGAGACCGCGGAGAGUGAGCUGACGAGUUAAUUUCGAAGGUAAUAAAAAAUAGACAUUAAUGUCGGAUUUCUAUCGGUUAUUUUGUCUUUGUGUUCGGUGUGUGCUUAGAUUGGGCUCCGCCAAGCUGUUCUCGUCGAUCUUAUAAUACAACGACUAAUAAUGCCACGUAGGGAUGACGUUGGCAGCGGUUACUUCCAAUCAAAUCGUCGAGGAAUCCAAAUUCAUCUCAAUGUCGGCUACAUUGUUCAUAUAUACUUAAUACAUUUGAUUAAAAGGUAUCAUUCAGAAAUUUGACACGUGAA